AUGUUUCGCAGUGCUUUCCCACCCUUCUCUUCCGUAUGUAGCAGCGCUAGAGGUGCUCGGACCGCACGAUAUUUUCAUCGAGUCACAACAGAUUUCGUUACUCAUGAUACAAGAGGAAACCUCCUCACUAAGAGGGUGCCUAUUAUUAUUGGCGACCCGGGAGAAGCUUAUGUUUUACUUGAGAAAGAGGUUGGUAGCGCACUCAGCGCUGCUGAUCCCUCUGCAUCAGCUUUUAUAGCUAGUGCUGAAAAUAGAUGUAAGCUUACAUUUUUUCAUGCUUCGCAACACUUUGGAUUUGAAUUGUCGAGUUAUCCCCGCCUUUAUGUCCCAAACCAGCUACCUCGUCAAACAGAGCUGGAUACAAGCCCUGCAACUCUGUUACUGGAUGGAAAGAUGGACGAACUAGUUUUAGAUGGAACCUUUGAUGCAACCUUUGCGGAGCACGCAAGCGCUACUGCUCGGACCCUGGGACCCGUACUUGACCAGCUGAAAGAUAUGUGA